AUGGCACUAUCAGUCGUUAAGGGCACAAUUGAGCGGGCUUUGGAUAAAAACCUUCAGGAUCUUGUUCGUGGCAUUCGGAAUCACAGGAACGACGAGGCAAAAUACAUCAGUGAAUGUCUGGAUGAGAUCAAAAUUGAGCUUAAACAGUCAUCUUUUGCGUCAAAAGCCAACGCCUUAUUGAAGCUCGUUUACCUUCAUAUGCUCGGGCAUGAGGUCGGGUGGGCCAUGUUUAACACAGUGGAAGUCAUGAGUUGUCAAAAAUUCACAUAUAAGCGUAUAGGUUACCUUGCUGCUUCCCAAUGUUUUCAUUCAGGUUCGGAUGUGCUUAUGCUUACCACGAAUCUUAUCCGAAAGGAUCUCUGCAGUAUAAAUGUGUAUGAAGCUGGUGUUGCUUUAUCUGGUCUUGCCUGCUUCAUGACGACGGAUCUAGCCGUUGCUUUGUGCAGUGAUAUCCUCACCCUAACCACUUCUCCAAAGCCUUACAUUCGAAAAAAGGCUGUGUUGUUGUUAUAUAAAGUAUUUAUCCAUCAUCCCGAGACACUUCGAGUUUGCCUUCCACGCCUUAAAGAGAAACUUGAAGAUCCUGACUCUGGUGUUCAAUCCGCUGCUGUCAAUGUUAUUUGCGAGCUGGCCCGCAAAAAUCCCCGUGAUUAUUUACCACUCGCGCCGGUUUUUUUCAAACUCAUGACCAGUUCAACGAACAACUGGAUUUUAAUAAAAAUUAUAAAGCUGUUUGGCUCCCUCACUCCUUUCGAACCGAGAUUGGGCAAAAAGCUGAUAGAACCGUUGACAAACCUGAUUCACAGCACCUCCGCCAUGUCUCUUUUAUACGAAUGCAUCAAUACCAUCAUCGCAGUGCUCAUUUCAAUUUCUUCUGGGGUCCCCGACCACCAUGCGGCCAUCCAGUUAUGCGUGCAAAAACUUCGGAUACUAAUAGAAGACUCUGAUCAGAACCUGAAGUAUCUCGGUUUACUUGCAAUGACGAAGAUACUUCGUUAUCAUCCGAAAAGCGUUCAUGCUCACAAGGAUUUGAUUUUUUGCUGCCUGGAUGACAAAGACGAGUCGAUUCGAUUGCGCGCACUCAACCUGCUUCAUGGUAUGGUCUCCAAAGAAAAUCUGACGGAAAUAGUAAAGUUUCUAAUGAAACGCUUGGACGAGCCGUCUGCUGGUGCCCAUUAUCGCAAUGAACUGGUGACCAAAAUCGUCCAUAUCUGCUCUCAAGACAGUUAUCAUCACGUGACAUCUUUCGAAUGGUAUAUAAGCGUGCUCAUUGAGCUUGCUCGAACUGACGGGGUCCGCGAGGGUGAGUUACUGGCCGCUCAACUAAUGGAUGUGGCGAUUAGAGUACCAUCGGUGCGCAUGUUUUGCGUUUCGCAGCUGGCCCUCUUGCUGGACUGCUGUGCCUCAUCAUCCAGCCUGAACUCUGCUGCUACGGCUCAUCAUCCUGUCGUGCACGAAGUGAUACACGCUGCCGGUUGGAUCUGCGCCGAGUAUGCCAAGUACCUCACCGAUCCGGAAAAAACCCUUGGAUCUAUGUUGUGCAGCGCCAACAUUCCAGGGAUCCCGAGCAAUUCGCAAUCCGUACUACUCCUGAACUCUUUCAAGCUGUAUUGCAUUCUAGUCGCUACAUGGAUCAGCUACGAUUGCAGUUCCUCUAGCGAAGACGUUGAAUUGGCCUCCUUGGUUCAUCGAGUGUUGAAAAUAACAGCAUUCCUUCUGGAUAAGUUUACUCGAUUUGUUCAUUCGCCAGAUUUAGAGGUUCAAGAACGCGCCGUGUCGUUGCACCAACUGUUGUCUCUAGUGUUGAAGCGAUUUGAAGGUGCUCUUGCCAAAGUCACAUACUCAUCAUCUGGUCCCUUGGAUAUCGACAAAGCGCCAUCGCCAAGCCGCGACACACUGGCUCACUUUGUCGACUUUGAAGUAUCCAGGACUAACAGUGUCGAAUCGUCAACAUAUUCCUCCAUUUGUAAGUUGGGGGCCGAAUUAGCAUCUUUGUUUCACGGUGAAAUCAAUCCCGUUGCCCCAAAUGCCCAGCACAAGGUACCCGUUCCCGACGGUUUGGACUUGAAUGGCUGGAUCAACCCUCCGCCCGCCCCUAGGUGGAUUGACAGGCCGUCCAACUUGGCUCCUAACUCGGAAGCCCCUGACUUUUGUCUUCGUUAUGACAGAAAGUCAUCCGAAGCCAAACGGAUCAAUGGCUCCAUUUUCCCACAACUCGCACCCGAUGUUCCCCGAGUGACUCUUACUAAGGAAGAGUUAAACGAAAUGCGCGAGGAACGCUUGAAGCGCAGGCAAGGUAACCCUCACUAUCUUAAAUCGCAUUCAUCAAACGCUGUGGACUCAAGCGCUACUUUGGAUGAGAAUCAAUUUUCCCUUGGACAAGCACAUGGUCUGGCUUUCAAAGACCGGUACUCGAAUACACGACAAUCAUCAGAUGGCAUACCUCUGCCCCAACUUGCCCGACCGGACGAGCUUGCCGAAGAGGUUCGACGAAAACUCAGCAAACUGUCUGCAGAGGGUCGAAUGAAUCCUGUUCAUUCGGAGAAGUCUAACAAUUAUCUGAAUGGCAAAAAGAACGGUUUCUCUUGCAACGAGAUCAGUGCUGCAGUUUCGGAGGACGUGUCGGCCACCUUACCCGGUGCACUCCUCGAUCCCGUUAUCCGAACGAAUUUGGACACACCUGAAAAUCCGUGCGUUACGAAUUUGCCUCCGUCGACGGCUCCUUUGAUGCCAUCUGAAUUCUUUGCCGCAACUGUCACUGCUGAGCAGUUCUCUGAGCUAAUCAUCAGUGAACAGUUCGUGAAUACACAGAGUCUAAGGAUAAAAUGUUUAGCUAUCGCAAGUCUACCGUCGGGUGACCCUGGUGCCUGCAACUCCGCAUUUAAUCAGUUAACGGGAAUCCUCAUGGAUCAACUUCCGUGUUCAUUGAUUGAAUCGAUUGGGUCCAGAGCUUCGUGUCUAUUUACUAAACAUUCCGCUGGCGAUGUUCCGCUAUGCAUUCUAAUGAAAGUGACGGACCAAAUGGGGUAUAUCAAGGUUACUGUCAAAUCCAAGGAUACUUGCUACACAUCACUCUGCCUCGCCCGAAUAAAGGAUAUUAUACAGCGGAUGCCACCAGUUUCCUAG